AUGAGUCUUGAGUCGGCCGCACCACGGCACCACCCAGGCGCAGCACUUCGUCGAGCAGCUGACGCGUGCGCUUACUCUCCUGCGGCUGCGGGCACCGGGCCACCAGGGCACCAUGGCGUCCACCGCGCGUGCUCUUGUGGCGCUCCUCCACAGGGCCUCGUCCCUGUCCUCCUCCGCUUCCGCUCUCCGGGGAGCGUCGCUCCUCCGCGGGGAUCGACUUAUUGGCAGCACCGGCCUGUUCCGGAGGCAUGCGGCGAGGCGGCGGAUUUCGUCAUUCCAGCCGCUCAGCAUGGGACGACGCUCCUGCAAAAUCGCUGGAAGGAAGGAUGCCCAGAAUUUGAAGAAGAUGAAGCGCAACAGCAAAAUUGGAAAAGAAAUUGUUGCAGCGUAGGUGUUGCUGGACGCUGUCGCCCGUGCCGACCUCGUCCUCUGAGCCUGAGUCGUUCCCGGCGUCGGAGAAGGACAGGGGGCCGAAGCCCUGGGCGAGCACCUCGGCGGCCGCCCGCUCCGCCUUGCGCCGCUGCGCCGUCACCGUCCGGAGCUGCUCCUCCAGCUCCACCACCUGCAGCGACGGGCUCGGUCAUUAAGCCGCCGAGAAUGCGAAGAGGAAGGAAGGAAGGCUAUUGCAGGCUUAGCAGUAGAUGGAAGGCAAAUUGUUUCAAGGGCCAAAUCAGAAGCUGCUAGUUAUGAAAAGGUCUAUGGAGAACCCAUUCCUGUGAAGGAAUUGGCAGAUCGUGUGGCAAGUUAUGUUCAUCUUUGCACGCUGUACUGGUGGCUCAG